UCUUCCCAUAUUUUUAACACUCAACACAACCUUUUUGCAUAGCUAUGCCUCUCAAAUUCGUUGUUCUCCUCAUCUUUUUCCUCUCCCAUCAAGCUCUCUCUUCUGCUUCCGAGCCUCGCAACCCCGAAGUGGAGGCUUUGAUGAGCAUAAAGGAAGCUCUAAAUGAUCCACACAGUGUAUUAAGCAACUGGGAUGAAUUCUCCGUAGACCCUUGUAGUUGGGCUAUGAUCACUUGUUCUUCUGAUUCCUUUGUUAUUGGCUUGGGAGCACCGAGUCAAUCUCUCUCUGGAACUUUGUCUUCAGCAAUUGGAAAUUUAACCAAUCUUAAACAAGUGUUACUGCAGAAUAAUAACAUCUCAGGCAAAAUACCUCCGGAACUUGGAAAACUUCCCAAGCUUCAGACUUUAGAUCUUUCAAAUAAUAGAUUCUCUGGUUUCAUUCCACCUUCUCUGAGUCAAUUCAAUAGUCUUCAGUACCUGAGGCUCAACAACAAUAGCUUGUCUGGACCAUUUCCCGUUUCACUGUCAAAAAUCCCACAACUUGCUUUCUUGGACUUGUCUUUUAACAAUCUCAGUGGACCAUUGCCCAAGUUUCCAGCUAGGUCAUUCAAUAUUGUGGGGAACCCUUUAAUUUGUGCAAGUAGCUCUACUGAAGGCUGCUCUGGAUCAGUUACCCUUAUACCGAUUUCUUUUUCUCAAGCAUCAUCACAAGGAAAACACAGGUCCAAAAAACUAGCAAUUGCACUUGGAGUAACCUUUAGUUUUGUUUCUCUUGUGGUCCUAUUUUUGGGGAUCUUUUGGUAUAGAAAGAAAAGACAACAUGGAGCCAUCUUGUAUAUUGGUGAUUAUAAAGAAGAGGCAGUUGUUAGCUUAGGAAAUCUUAAAAAAUUCAGUUUCAGAGAGCUCCAACAUGCAACAGAUAAUUUCAGCUCUAAGAAUAUACUUGGUGCUGGAGGUUUUGGCAAUGUUUAUAGGGGGAAGCUUGGAGAUGGCACGAUGGUGGCGGUGAAAAGGCUGAAAGAUGUAAAUGGUAGUGCUGGAGAAUUACAGUUCCAAACAGAAUUGGAGAUGAUAAGCUUGGCAGUUCACCGCAAUUUACUUAGAUUAAUUGGUUAUUGUGCUACAUCUAAUGAAAAACUUCUGGUCUACCCUUAUAUGUGUAAUGGCAGUGUGGCCUCCAGGCUUAGAGGAAAACCAGCUUUAGAUUGGAACACAAGAAAGCGGAUAGCAAUUGGAGCUGCCAGGGGCCUUUUGUAUCUUCAUGAGCAAUGUGAUCCUAAGAUAAUACACAGAGAUGUAAAGGCUGCCAAUGUGCUUCUAGAUGACGAUUAUGAGGCUAUUGUUGGUGAUUUUGGCCUUGCCAAGCUCCUAGAUCAUGCUGAUUCCCAUGUCACCACUGCUGUUCGUGGCACUGUUGGGCACAUUGCACCGGAGUACCUCUCCACUGGCCAAUCAUCUGAGAAAACUGAUGUGUUUGGAUUCGGCAUUCUCUUGUUAGAGCUUAUAACUGGAAUGACAGCCCUUGAGUUUGGGAAAACCUUGAAUCAAAAAGGUGCUAUGCUAGAGUGGGUUAGGAAAAUACAGCAAGAAAAGAAGGUUGCAGUGUUGGUGGACAAAGAACUAGGGAGCAACUAUGAUAAAAUAGAGGUUGGGGAAAUGCUGCAAGUAGCUUUACUUUGUACUCAAUAUUUAACAGCACACCGACCAAAAAUGUCUGAAGUGGUCAGAAUGCUUGAAGGAGAUGGACUUGCUGAGAAAUGGGCAUCAACACAUAAUUAUGGUAGUAAUUGUUGGAGCCAUAGUCAUAGCAACAGUAGCAAUAGCUCCUCUUCUCGUCCUACCUCUGCUUCCAAACACGAUGACAGUGUUCAUGAUCGAUCAAGCAUGUUUGGCUUGACGAUGGACGAUGAUGAUGAUCAGUCAUUGGAUUCCUAUGCCAUGGAACUCUCUGGUCCUAGAUAAUUACAAAAUAAAGAAGAAAAAAAUGGUAGGAAGGUACAAACAGGAGUGGCAUUUACCAGUGGAACAAUCAUUGGCUAAACUUUACAUACCUACAGCCAAACUCCAGAUUACCAUGUCCUUUUUCCAGAAGAACUUAAAGUUUAAGACAAAAAAGGGCAUAAGUUAAUUUGGCUUUAAAUCUUUAAAAGGAAAAGGAAAUUUAAUUAUAUUAACUUUGUUUAGUCCAUCAUGAUAUAAGAUAACCAGUGUAUAUAUAUUCUAAUACAAUUGUCAUUUUGGGUUGCUAAAGAUAUCAGUAGAGGAGUAGUAGUACAUUUGUACUUAUUAUGUUACUGUUCAAUUUGGAUGCAAAAUAUAUAAUGGUAGACUUUGUAUAGGGUGGAUAGGGAACAUCAUCAGAUUCUUUGCUAUUCAGUAUGAAGCAUAGGCAAGAGGAUGAUGUAUUUGGCAGAAUGAUAUGUUUGACGGUUGACUGAAGAUGAACAUUGGGGCAUUAGGUAUAUGCAAUUCUUCAAGUGUUGUUUUGGUUGCCGUGUGAAUUGUGAUGUUCAAACUUGAUAAGUAUGAGUGAAGUAUAAACUUUCAGCUGUUAGGGGUCAUUUUCAAUCUGAUAUUUUUGCAGGGUAACGCGCCUAUUCAUUUUCUUUAUUUGGUGUCUUUUCCUAUGUUCUUUUACCUUUAUGUCUUGUUUGUUUUCUUCAUUAGUUCAUUGCUUUAGUCGAUAUGCCUUGUUUCUUUUUAUUACCAGACCCCAGUGGUUGUUGUUUUUCUGACUCAUUGCCGAUUCCUAUACCAUUUUCUGGUGCACUUAUGCUGC